AGACAUUCAGAGCCAAGCCUUUUCUCGGUACUUAGUCCCUCACAGUCGGAAUUGCUUUUUUACGAGUGUAUCGCUCGUGCAGAUACAUUGAUUACGUCGCCCCUCUCGUCCUAAAACAGUGUUGCACCGCAGUAGAUUUUUCGAGGGACAACUGGUGUGCGGUUGCUGGUUUGUUCGUACUUUGCUUACACAAGUUAGUGUCAGUGUGGAAAUAAACUAGCCACAAAAUCAUGCCGCGCAGCAAGAAAUCGAAAUCCGGUUGUGAUAAGCGCGCCGAGCGCUCCCUCAAGCUGAUCCUUCCGCUGGUUGGCCCGUGCGAGGACCAUUACAGUACUAGAAAUUAUGAUAAUGAGUUAUUUGAUAUAUGUCCUCGUGAAAAUCCUGUUGACUCUGCUUCAGGAAACAUCCUUCAAAACGCAGGUUGGCUUUUCGCUCGCGCAUACAACCAGAACUUGCGCGCUGGAAUGACCCCCCCCCCGAGGAUGGGGAUGAGGCGACCGACGUGAGCGCAGCGAUGCUCUGGGAUGGAUCGGUAUUGAUAUUUUAUUAAUUUCCAAUUACCUUUUUGUGAUACUGAUUGAUAUCCAUAUGUUCAAGGACUAUUCGAAAUAAAAAUGAAUGGCGUCAACGUGCCCAUCUUGCCUAUUCCGAACGAAAGCCUCCAUUCGCUUUCCCGCAGGUGUCGGCGACUUUGCAAAAGACCGGGAACGAACAGGCGGAGCUGGUGGUCAAGACCGGGAACGAACAGGCGGAGGAACAUGCAAAGCAAGGGAAGAAGGAAGCAAGAGUCCCGUUCCAGAUCUACGUGACCCCACCGCAAACCCCACCGUCCACACCGACGCAAACCCCACCGUCCACACCGGGAGCCAGCAGUUCCACCGCGCAUGGUGCGGAUUCUGCCUCGCACGCGGAAAGGGGAACCAACGAUGCGAGCGCCGGACCCCAGGCGCAGCGGCAGUUGGUUCUCACAGCCGACGUGCCGCCAACGCCCAGCAUGAGAAAAAGAAUGGGCGGUGGAAGUUAAAUCAGUGCAACCAGAAAUAAAUGAGAUUGAUUUCAACCACAAUAAAUGUUCAUGUUGUGAGAGAGCCUCGUGCAAAUUUUCAAGGACAUCAUCUAAAUAUGUACUGUUUCUUUAUGCCUAAGCCUAUGUAUUGUUGCGUGCUUCCGCCCUGUGGUAUCUAUUUUGUUCGCAAUAUUAUGGUUUACGUUUAGUUCUUAAAUUUACAUUUGUGUAGUUUCGCUGCUUUUAUUGUUUAUGAUACGCACUACAAAUUUCAAUUUGAUUGUUAGUGAUUUGUAUUGCCAAAAAGAUAAAGAAAAAUUAAGUGAUGCACUUACAUUUUAAUUUUAUUCAGUAUCAGUUCAAGAAAACACCCUACGAAGUCUUACAGAUUCCUUUUGUACUUACUUGAUUAUUUCAGGAAUAUAGUGAAGCCCUUCGAGAUCCAUCUUUGAAGAGCCGCUCGAGGACAAAAAGUACGUCUUGAAUUUGAAGAGUAUAACACUGCUCGCUUCCUUCGGGUGCUGUGCGACAGUAUUUUCCACUUAACAAGUAUGAAGGAUUUCCUUCUCCUUUACAUGGUAGCCCAAUGCUGGGUCGCGAUCGAUGCCCCAAAACGCAAAAUAUCAAGGUCAGAAAGCCAAAGAUGUGCUCUAUAUAAUGGUCUGGCUAUGAUCAGUUUCUGCGACGCCAC